GUUUCCCACAAUGCAAAAUUCAUGCAGGUUAUGGCGGCCAUGUUAGAACUUCUGGAAUAUGUUGCGAAACUUUAACCAACAAUGAGGACUGUGGACUACGAUUUCGCUGAUAUCUGAACAUCAUGCCGGUGAUGGAGAAUAUGGAAUUAAAAGAACUUUCAAAUGAAACACAGACGUGUCUUUUCUUGGAUACGUCUGUUACCAUCUUAUUAACUCCUGUAUGUUUAUUCACAUUAUUAGGUAUUGUCACAUAUUUAUCUUACACUUUUUUCCGGGAACGUUGCAACAUACACAAUUUAGUAAGAGUACACACCACUACUGUAAUUAAGACAUAUACAUCAUUUUUGAGUAAAGAAACGAAGUCGUCUGAAACAAAUCUAGCCUCGCUCAUUGAGGAAACUGCACUCGCUAAUCGACGUGCUCUCGAAGAUGUAGGAAUAGAUAUAAAAGAAAAUCAGCAAGAUUGUUGUAAUGAGAUGUUUGCACAAAUUAAGGAUCAUAUUAACAAGAGAAAAUACACCGACACCGAUAACAAAACAGCGGCAGGACAAGACGAGUACGUUGCAAAAUGCCAGGAACUGAUCGAACGUAUGAAGAGGCUUUACGGAGACAACUUAAAUCAAGUAACCAUAUCCCCAUUGAAUGACUACAAACAUGAAAAAUUAGGCAAUGUCUAUAUGCCGCCAAAAAUUGUUCACAUGUGCGAGGACAACGGUGUGUUUAAGAAAACAAAAAUACAUGUUACACAGUACAAGGAUGUGUUUUUCAAAGAUGACAAAGUUAACCCACGAAUAUUUCUUCAAGGAGAGGCGGGGUCUGGAAAGACAACAUUUCUAGCAAAGUUGGCCCUAGAAUGGUGUAGAGAAUCGCAUGUUUCUAGUGCAUCGGAUAACAGCUCACUUUUCUUUAAUGAUGUCGACGUUUUGCAAAGCUUUGUGUUCGUUUUCUAUAUUACAUUGAGAAAUUCGGUAAAACAAUUUGACGUAUAUACAUUGAGUAAAGAGCAAAUAAUAGACACUAUAUACUCCUCACAGGAAGACCGUGAGCAGGCUUACAGACUAUUGAAUGAGAUCAUGAAACGUGAACGUUGCUUGGUACUACUUGAUGGUCUAGAUGAGUGGACCGGACCUGGAGACCAUCACAACCUACCGACAUUGGUACUAGAACAGAGCCAAUGUGUGCUGUUAUUUUCAACACGACCUUGGAAAUUGACUGUAGUUAAAAUUAUGCCUUUGGACAGAUACACAUCCUUGCAUCUGGAAGGAAUAAACAAGCCGUUUGAGUUCAGCAGAAUAAUCCUGAGCUGCUUGGUAGAUAAGGAUGAGCUUGAAUUAAAAUACUCAGCAUUUGAGCAGUACAUAGAGAAACAAGAGCUUGGCGAAUUACUGUUAUCUCCAAUGAUGCUCUCUGCCAUUGUUUGUUCAUAUGCAGAGGGAAUAGAACUCAAAGGCUCAAAGUGUGAAAUAUACACCCUUUUAGUGGAAAGUCUUUUUAAGAAAGCCAACAGUAACACGUGUACAUUCCAACAGUCCCCCUUUCCGUGCUUCAUACGGACUGAAUACAUACAGCCAAAUUUGGAACAACUGAAUCGUCUUGCUGAAAUGGCCUUUCAUUUGUUGUUUGUAAAUGCAAAAGAAAACUCACUAGUGUUUAAUAUUACAGAGUUGAAGAAAUUCAAGAUGGAUGAGCGAAAACAACAGGACUUUGUGCUAAAGUCUGGAAUUUUAUCGGCAAAACUAACGGCCUCUACACUGCGAUCAUCGUCAUCAUUUAUGUUUAUCCACAAGAGCAUGCAGGAAUUCCUCGCGGCGUAUCAUAUCGCCUGCAAUACGAAUCUUAUUGAUGGUAGUAUUUCUGUCUACCUUAACCGUCACCCGGAAGCCUAUCUCGACAUAUCACAGGUGUUUAUAUUCCUGUGUGGACUGGAUGUAUCAUGUGCGGAAAAGCUAUCAAGCAUGAUGGAUGAACGCGAUGCUUUGGAUACAUUCCAUCUUUCAUACUGUCACAAAAUGUUUAAUACAAUCGUACUUGCAGGGUUGAGAGAAGCUAAUGCAAAUGGAUAUUCCGACAUUGCCCUAAAACUCAGUCACUUCAACUUCAAUAACAACAAUAUCAUUGACCUUCAUAAGAUUUGGGAAAAUAACGCGGCUAAUGCCAUUGUGUUGAGAGUUGACAUCGAUGACAGGAAACCCUUAGAAAACCCACGAAUUUCACCUGGAAAUGACGAGUGUGCAUCUCAGAUUACAUUUGACCUUCAUUCGUGCCUGGAGCUGAGACGUUUAGAGCUAAGUGGACGUUGCAUAUUGGGAAAAGAUUCUGCCAGUGUGGGCACAUUGGAAUUUCCGGUCUGCAUUAUUCUAAAUAUUGCCGAUCCAACCCAGUGCACAGAGCUUCCUCCUGUACGUCCCUCCAUCAAAUACAUUGACUUGACCAGUGUCACAUGUUCCUGUACCUGGCUACGCAGUCUGCUUAGCAUGAUGCUGACACGUAAUUGUCCAAUGUACUGUAAUCUGCGUGACUGUCACUUAACUGCGUGUGGAGAGGGCGAAGUCAACGCAUCAUACACGACUGGACACAUAUCUUUAUACGUACGUCAUCACAAAAGGAUAUCAAUAAUCCUAGGUGAUGAUACCGGUCUGUGGGAGAUUCUGCAUGGUCUGAGUAUUAAGAGUCUGAGUCUGGAUGGUUGGGGGGAGAGCGGUUGUAGAGUGAAUCAUGAAAAGUCGUUCUCACAGACGAUAGCAUCGCUCUCAAAGCUGGAAGAACUAGAUAUUACAAUGGAUGAAUUGACUCCUUGUGUGUGGGAUGCUCUCCGUGGUCUGAAUAUCAAGAGUCUGACUCUGAGCAGUAGGGAGUUGGGAGGUUAUCAUGCAGAGUCGUUGACUCAGUUGCUAUCAUCGCUCAAGAGGCUGGAAACACUAGAUAUUACAAUGGAUGAAUUCACUCCUUGUGUGUUGGAGGCUCUCCAUGGUCUGAAUAUCAAGAGUCUGGCUCUGAGAAGUAAGGAGUGGGGAGAUUGUCAAGCAGAGUCGUUGAGUCAGUCGCUAUCAUCGCUCAAGAGGCUGGAAACACUUGAAAUUUGUGUGACUGAAGACAGUCCUGGUCUGUGGAAGGCUCUCCAUGGUCUGAACAUCAAAAGUUUGCGACUGGAUGGUUGGAAGGGGGACGGUUUAAAGAUAAAUCAUUCAGAGCCGUUGUCUCAGCCACUGUCAUCGCUCGCACAGAUGGAAAAGCUUACCAUUCACGUUCAAAAAGACAGUCCUUGGGAAGCCCUUUAUGAAUCGUUGUCUCAGUCACUUGCAUCUCUCACACGUCUGGAAACCCUUAUAAUUAGUGGGGAAAUAGACAGAAAUGGUCUGUGGGCCGCUCUCAAUGGUCUGAAUAUCAAGAGUUUGAGUCUGCGUCGGUUUGGUAAAUGUAGAGGUUUGCCUGCAGAGUCGUUGUAUCAGUCAUUAUCAUCGCUCACACAGCUGGACACUCUUUGUAUUGAGAGGGGGUGUGAUUGUCCAGGUCUGUGGGAGGCUGUACAUGGUCUGAAUAUCAAGCAUCUAAGCCUGAGUGGUUUGUGGAUACAUACUGGAAUUGACGUGAAGCAUACAAUGUCGUUGUCAAAGACACUUUCAUCGCUCACUCAGCUUGAAACACUUAGUAUUGAUGUGGAGCAUGAGAGUCCUGGUAUAUGGGCAGCUCUCCAUGGUCUGAAUAUCAAGAGUCUGAGUCUGAAUGGCGUGUGGAAAGGUUCCGGAAUUGACGUGAAGCAUGCGAAAACAUUUUCUCAGUCGUUAUCGUCACUAACACAGCUGGAAACGUUAACACUACAUGUACAUACAUACAUCGCCCUGCAGGUACCUCAAUCAUUGAAGAAUUUAAAUAUCUACUAUGACACAAUGCUUCCAUCCGAAUUGCGCGAACUUGUGGACUCAUUGGCUACAUGUACUCAUACAAUUGAGAGUAAGCUAGAAUUUGGUUGCGCUUCUAGUGUUGAUCCCCCAGAAUGGAUCCCAAUUCAGGAAUACAUUCCAGUUCAACAGGAACUGGCUGCACGGAAAAAUGAUGCAGUAAAACGAUUCCGGAUAUAUGAAUGGCCUGAUUCUGCCGGUUAUGCCAUGUCUGUACGUGACAUUGGUGAUGUUGAUGACGCUGCUAGCGAUAUCCUUGAAGAUGAUGUUUAUAAAAGAUUUGCUAAAUAUAUUGAUCGUUACAAAAUCAAUCGAAUUUCAAUACUCAUUGAGAUAAGUCCAGGCUCAAUAUCUUGA